CCGCCUUUGAGAAUGAGGUUGGCCUGAAACGAUUUUUGGGUUUUGAGUUAUAAGUUUAAGCGGGAGCAGAGGAAGGAUUUGCUUCUUCUCGUUUUAGGUUCUUAUUGGUUUCAAGUUUCAUCUCAGAGAGACAUGGCCAUGGCCGCAACUUUAACAGAUGGUUCCAGAUCUUCUUCCAGUGGCUCCGCCGAUUCCUAUAUUGGUAGUUUGAUUAGCCUCACCUCCAAGUCCGAAAUUCGCUACGAGGGUCUCCUCUUUAACAUCAAUGCUGAAGAAUCCAGCAUCGGUUUAAGGAAUGUUAGAUCAUUUGGAACGGAAGGACGUAAAAAGGAUGGCCUGCAAGUUCCUCCAAGUGAUAAAGUUUAUGAGUAUAUACUUUUCAGAGGAAGUGACAUCAAGGAUUUGCAGGUGAAAUCAUCUCCUCCAGUUCAGGUUACAACGCCUGUAUAUGAGGAUCCUGCUAUAAUACAGACUCACUAUCCUCGAGCUACAAACCCGUCUGCAAGCUUAGCAUCUUCUGGUCCAGCCACUGUACAGUCCCACUAUCUUCAAGCAACAAACCCAUUCGUAAUACCAUCUUCUGGUCCAGCAAUCAUACAGACUCAAUAUCCCCAAGCCACGAACCCAUUGGUGAGCAUACCAUCUUCUGGUAGUGGGUCUGUACCAGACCUUAGUGCUCAAAAUCUGCAUGCUGGACUCCCUAGACCGACAUUUCAAGGUAAUCUUUCUUUGUAUCAACCUAUUGGAGGUCUAGGGUCGUGGGGCUCAUCACCUCCUAUUCCAACUACCAAUGGUAGUGCUGUUGCACCUACGUAUUGGCAAGGAUAUUAUGGGUCCUCAAAUGGGUUUCAGCCUCAGCAACAAACUUUGUUUACACCCCCACCUGGCUUGUCAGUACCAUCUUCAUUGCAACAAAUGACACAACAGUCUAGCACGAGUUUAUUAUUUCCUACUGGUGAUUCCAGCAUGGCAGCUUUAAAAUCAUCCGAGUCUUCCUCUGCUUUGUUGCCACCCCAUAGCGCGGCAACUCCAAAUUUGCAGUAUUCUAUUUUUCCAGCCCAGCCCCCUUCUCUCGGCAUGGGUACUUUGAAUUUGCAGUCUCAUAUGCUUCCCACUCAGCCUUCUCCCGCGGUUUCUCUUGCUGCUGCUGUUUCAAGCCUUAGCUUUCCUUUGGCUUCUCCAUUGAUUUCCUGUUUGGAGAAACCUACCAUCCAGCCACCAAUUUCUGAGGAGCCUAUGACAGUUCCCAAAUCCAAAGUGCAAAUGAAGACAUCAGAGUCCUCAUCUGUUGCUGGGAUGUCAAGUUCAGUUUUGAAUGAAGGAGCUAGGCCUACUUUGAUAACCCCUGGCCAGCUUUUGCAACCUGGACCCAGCACAGUAUCUUCAUCACAGCCUCCACAAACAUCUCAGAAGCAUGCUGAAGUGGUGAAGGUGUCAUCAUCAGAGUUGCUGUCAUCACAAGUAGCCAGUGAUGCGCAAAAACCAAUACUUCCACUGCCUUCGCCAGCUGAUUAUAAGCCACAUGGUGCUCAUGCAAAUUAUCGAUACAAUUAUAGAGGAGCACAUCAGAGAGGAAGAGGAAACAGGAUGUCAAGACCUGUAACAAGAUUCACUGAGGAAUUUGACUUCAUAGCAAUGAAUGAAAAAUUUAAUAAGGAUGAAGUCUGGGGUGAUCUUGGUAAAAGUAGCAAAGCUCUAGAAGAUGGAAAUGAAUCAGAAGAUGAAGAUGUCGCUGGAUCGUCAAAGCCUGUUUAUGUUAAGGAUGACUUUUUUGAUGAACUCUCCUGUGAUGCUAUUGAUCGUGGAUCACAAAGCAGCAGGACUAGGUUCUCUGAACAAUUGAGAAAAGAUUCAGAGACAUUUGGCUUCAUACCAAGACAUCGAGGUGGACGAGGAGGCUAUGGCACUGGUCGAGGCUAUGGCCCUGGACGAGGAGGCUAUGGACCUGGUCGAGGCUAUGGACCUGGACGAGGAGGUCAUGGAUAUGGUAGGGGUGGCCGGUCAAAUGAGGCAUAUUAUGGUGGUCGGGGAAGCGGCUACGUUGAAAGGGAUCGAGGACAUAAUUUGCCUGGUCGUGGUACCUAAUUACACUGGUUUUUCCUUGAUGCCACUGCCAUGAUAGGUUGAACCUCAUUAUCUUCUUUCUUAUUAGUAAGUUAGGCCAACAAAUAAGCUCAUAUUAUAUCUAAUCUAGGCAGAGGCUCUAUAAUGCCGGUUCGUCUUUCCGGAUUUUUUUAAUUCCAACUUAAUAUCUUAUGAAUGGAUUUCUAUCAGGAAAGCAGUGUUCCUUGUUUUUCUA